GAGAUGGCCAGGGUUUUAUUCAGAAGGAAUGUAUGGAUUCGGAGGACUUCUCUCUCCUUUAUUAUUUACUUUUCCCUCCUCAGCUGCUAGGACCCAAUAAACUCUUUAACCCCAAAGGAGUCAUAAUUGAUAAGGGUCUUUCAGGAAAUGAUCUAAAAGCAAAGAGGACUCUGUCCAUUCUCAAGAAGAGAGACUUCCACGACCAUCUAAUGCCAAGUCUGGGUGGGGUCUACUUCCUCAUCUUACAGGUGGGAAAAUAGGCCCAGAGACAACCUUGUUCUGGGCCUCCCUCCUGUCAGUCCAGGAUCUGUCCACUGUUGUCAAAUAGUGAACACCCGCCCCGGGACGGAAUGAAGAAGAGGCCGAGUGGCCCCCACCCCAGAAGUCCAGAGGGAAUCCUUGGAAGCCAGACAGAAUGGCCUCCAAUAUCCUCCCACACCUAAGUCUUAUAUGAGCCUGGAGACCUCGGAAAGAUUUCCAGAACCAUCCAAGGUUUCGGCGGCUUCGUGAGUCUCCCCACUUUCGCGGGGGGAGGGAAUAAAGAAACCCUCCAUUUCUCCAGACUCCCGAGUCCCCUCACAGUGGUGGAUUCUGGGAUUUGCAGCAUUCCGCAAAGAGUUCAGACUCGUAGGCCAAUAGAAUCCGAGCACAGGCGGCGGUACUCUCGAAUUAGCCAAUGAGAAGCGCACGGGUCCCGGUCGCCUGGGAAACCGCGUGACAACAAGAUGGCGGCGCCGCGGGACGGCUCGGUGGCCCUGCGUGGGAGUUCCUGACAGCUAAAAUCUAGAAGCAGAACUAUGAGCUCGCCUUUGGCCUCCCUUGGCAAGACCCGAAGAGUCCCCCUGGAGUCAGAGCCUGUGAAUCCAGGGAGGCGAGGGAUAAAAAUCUACGGAGAUGAAGACGAGGUAGAUAUGCUGAAUGACGGACGUGGCUCAGAAGAAAGGAUCUCUGUCCCUUCCUGCUAUGGAGGUAUAGGUGCUCCUGUGAGUAGGCAAGUCCCUGUAUUCCAUGACUCGGAGCUGGUGGCCACCCUGUCGAGGAAGUUGCGGGACCUGGAACAGCAAGUGAAGGCUCAGACUGAUGAGCUGCUGUCCAAGGAUCGGAAGAUACGGGCCCUGGAGGAAAUGUUGCAGACCCUCCGGGAGCACCAGGGCAAGGUCACCCUGCAGCGGCAGAAGCAGCUGGAGACCACGUGCUUGCAGCUGCAGCGGCAGGUGGGGGAGAUGGAGCGGUUCCUCAGUGACUACGGGCUGCAGUGGGUGGGCGAGCCCGAGGACCAGGAGGAUUCAGAAGACAACUCAGACUCAGAGGAUGGCAACACAGACUGGAUGACAGCCAAGAAGUUCUGGAAGCCAGGGGACUCAUUGGCGCCCCCCGAGGUGGACUUUGACAGGCUCCUGGCCAGCCUGAAGGAUCUCAGUGAGCUGGUGGUAGAGGGUGACACCCAGGUGACACCAAUGCCCGGGGGAGCACGGCUCCAUGUCCUUGAGCCCAUCCCACUGAAGCUCUAUCGGAAUGGCCUCAUGAUGUUCGAUGGGCCCUUCCGGCCCUUCCAUGACCCCUCCACACAGCGCUGCCUCCGAGACAUUCUGGACGGCUUCUUCCCCUCAGAGCUCCAGCGACUGUACCCUGACGGGGUCCCCUUUAAGGUCAGUGAUCUGCGCAAUCAGGUCUACCCGGAGAAUAGGCUGGAACUGUUCCCAGGUGAGGGCCGCGUGGUGGGCUGGCAGAGGAUUCACAAGCCCGUGGACAGGAUGGAGCCCCCAGGCUCCAGGAUGACUGCUGAGAAGUUUCUGAACAGGCUCCCUAAGUUUGUGAUCCGGCGAGGCGAGGUGAUUGACAUCCGGGGCCCCAUCCGGGACACCCUGCAGAACUGCUGCCCAUUGCCUGCCCGGAUCCAGGAGAUUGUGGUGGAGACACCAGCCUUGGCUGCUGAGCGUGAGAGGAGCCAGGAGUCCCCCGAGUCACAGGCGCCCCUGCUCUCCAUGCUGCGCAUCAAGUCUGAGAAUGGCGAGCAGGCCUUCUUGCUGAUGAUGCGGCCCGAGGACACUGUUGGCGAUGUGCGCACCCUGCUUGCACAGGCCAGAGCCGUGGACGCCACGACCUUCGAGAUCAUCAGUACAUUCCCACCCACGGUCUACCACGACGACACGGUCACGCUGCAGGCCGCAGGCUUGGUGCCCAACGCAGCGCUGCUGCUUCGGGCUAGCCGGGCCCCACCGCCUGCCCCAGGCCCUGGCCCCUGAUCCAAAUAAAGCGCCCGCUCCCACACUG